AUGUGGAAUCUGACCAAAUUUGUGGCGUCGAGACUGAGCCGAUCGAGGCGUUUCUUCUCGUCGGUGAUUCCUCGUCCUUGUAUUAUUCAAAAGCGUGGAGCUGAUAUUCUUCAUGAUCCUUGGAUCAAUAAGGAAACUGGCUUUCCUUUGGCGGAAAGGAACCGACUUGGGCUUCGUGGUCUCCUUCCGCCACGUGUGAUAUCAUUUGAACAGCAAUAUGCUCGUUUCAUGGAAUCAUACCGCUCCUUAGAGAAAAAUACUGUGAGUGAACCAGAUACUAGCCAUGUUGCAUUAGCAAAAUGGAGGAUCUUAAACAGAUUGCAUGACAGGAAUGAAACACUGUAUUUCAGAGUCCUUAUUGACAACAUCAAAGAUUUUGCUCCAAUAAUUUACACCCCAACUGUUGGACUGGUAUGCCAAAAUUAUUCUGGAUUAUUUAGACGCCCACGUGGAAUGUAUUUCAGCGCAAAGGAUAAAGGAGAGAUGAUGUCUAUGAUAUAUAAUUGGCCUGCUCAAAAGGUUGAUAUGAUAGUCUUGACAGAUGGCAGUCGAAUUCUUGGCCUUGGUGACCUUGGAGUUCACGGGAUCGGAAUACCAAUAGGAAAACUUGAUAUGUAUGUUGCGGCUGCUGGUCUCAACCCACAAAGAAUACUCCCAGUUAUGCUAGAUGUUGGUACUAACAAUCUAAAGCUAAUUGAAGACCCACUUUAUUUAGGACUAAGACAACCUAGGUUAGAAGGGGAAGAAUAUUUAUCAAUUAUUGAUGAGUUCAUCGAAGCGGUUUUAACACGUUGGCCUAAGGCUAUUGUACAGUUUGAGGAUUUUCAAAUGAAGUGGGCCUUUGAAACUCUGAAACGCUAUCGGGAAAGGUUUUGCAUGUUUAAUGAUGACGUACAGGGAACUGCUGGAGUUGCACUUGCUGGAUUGUUAGGAACUGUAAGAGCACAAGGUCGAUCUUUGGAUGAUUUUCCAAACCAAAAGAUUGUUGUGGUGGGAGCUGGAAGUGCAGGGCUUGGUGUUCUUAGCAUGGCUGUUCAAGCUGUUGUAAGGAUGACAGGAAAUGCAGAAACAGCUGCACAGAACUUCUUCCUACUUGAUAAAGAUGGUCUCAUCACUAAAGAAAGGAAAAACCUUGAUCCAGCAGCAGUAGCAUUUGCAAAAGAUCCUGGACUGAUAGCGGGACUUAGAGAUGGGGAUUCUCUACUUGAAGUGGUUAAAAAGGUCAAACCUGAUGUGCUUCUUGGUUUGUCUGGAGUUGGUGGUGUGUUCAAUGAAGAGGUGCUUAAGGCUUUGCGUGAAUCUGGUUCAAAUAGACCUGCUAUAUUUGCUAUGUCAAAUCCCACAAUGAACGCUGAAUGCACUGCUGUUGAAGCUUUUAAGCAUGCUGGAGAAAACAUAGUCUUUGCCAGUGGAAGCCCUUUUGAAAAUGUCCAGCUUGGUAAUGGCAAAGUGGGUUAUGUAAAUCAAGCAAAUAACAUGUACUUGUUCCCAGGGAUCGGUUUGGGAGCUCUGCUCUCAGGUGCUCGUAUUAUAACCGAUGAUAUGUUGCAAGCGGCUGCUGAAUGCCUUGCAUCUUAUAUGACCGACCAAGACAUCGAAAAGGGCAUCUUGUAUCCAUCUAUCAAUAGUAUUCGAGAUAUCACAGCUGAGGUUGGGGCAUCAGUUGUGCGAGCUGCUGUUGCAGAGGAAGUGGCGGAAGGAUAUGGAAAGGUUGAUCCUGAGGAACUGGCCUACAUGUCAAAAGAGGAGACGGUGGAAUACGUACGUCGAAACAUGUGGUACCCUAAUUAUAGCCCACUCGUUCAACAGAAGUAGUCUCUAUUCCUUUUUGUCACAAUUUUGAUUUGGAGUUUUCGGGGUUAUUUCUUUGUGGACUCCGACCUCAAGUUCUGCGGCAGAAAAAUAUAAUCAUAAAUCCACUUUAUUUUUUCUUUUAAUAAAUUUGCAUAAUUUUUUAGAGUUUUAAAA